CCCAAAUCAUCUCAGAGAGUUCGCACACACACCCACACCAUCAAUAGCCUAGCACUAGCAGCCGGCCGGCCGCCCAGUUUGCUCCGGCGACGACAUGGCCGCCACCGCCACCACCAGGGCAUCGUCGUCGCUGCUGGCCGCCGCCCUCCUGGUGGCCGCCGUCGCCGUGUCGGCGGCGGCGGUGUGCAACAUGAGCAACGAGCAGUUCAUGUCGUGCCAGCCGGCGGCGGCGAAGGCGACGGACCCGCCCGCGCCGCCGUCGCGGGCGUGCUGCGACGCGCUGGCCGGCGCCGACCUGGGGUGCCUGUGCGGGUACAAGAACUCGCCCUGGAUGGGCGUGUACAACAUCGACCCCGAGCGCGCCAUGGAGCUGCCGGCCAAGUGCGGCCUCGCCACGCCCGCCAACUGCUGAUCUGAUCUGAGAGGUCGAUCGAUCUCGAUCAGAGCUUAAUUGUUAGCUUGUUCGUUGCCUCGUCCUCGUGUGUGUCCUCGAUCGUGUUCUUCUUGACUCGUCGUGAUGUGCUCUCGUGUGUACGUGGGUUGCGUCGUCGGUGUGUGCUUUUUGUGUGUGUGUGUGUCGUCGUAUAUAUCUAUCCAUGUGCUCUCCCUCGUAGCUUUAUAUAUAUGACUGUGUGGUUUUCCUUAAAAAAAAAACGUUGUGGUUUUGAUCCAAAA